AAAAGCUCCAAUAAUACAAGCAUCCGUAUAAGCCCUCCCUAAUUAUUGUAAGUUUUUUUCUUUCUUCUUUUCAAUAUGUAAGGGAAGGGUUGUUUUUGGCCUCAAAUGAAAAUGGCACAAGUCUAAGUGGGUCCCAUAUCCGAAAGAGAAUGAGAAAGAGCGCAAAGGAUUAAGACCCGACCCUACUCUCUACUACGACGACACAACAAAACUCUUGCGCCUUUAUAAGCUUUAGUAAUAGUAACUACUAGGAACGACGAAACAAACAAACAAACAACAAACAAUUACUCGAAUCUAUUCCAUCAUCAUUCUUCUUCACCGCCACAUAAUAUCCCUACCCCUCUUUCCCAUUUUUCUAUUAUUACUACUUACCAUUAUUAUUUUCAUUUUCAUUUUAUUUAUUUAUUUAUUUAUUUAUUUAUCACAAUUCACAAUCUCAAUUUAUUAUCUAUCUCUAUAUAAACCUAUCCUCUACCCUCUCUUCAUCUUUUUCACCCAACACACAAACGCCACAACCACAACUACAACAGAUUCUCUUCUCUUCUCUUCUCUCUUACAUGACUGUUAUCCACCAACGCCGACCACCACCAACAACAACAUGACACUCAACGACGACUGGAUGAGAGCGGCAAUCAAAGACGACACGGUUGUCGUCGAGCUUCUCUUACGGCUCAAGCACCGCGUCGCCACCAAAUCUCAAGGAUUACCGUUUUCAUGGGGACACAAACAACCGCGCUCAAGAUCGAGACUAAACGCUUCUAUUUCUCGCUGUGACCGUGCUGUUUCAACUAGAUGCAGUCCAACGACUCCUCUCUCUUGGAGCGGCGGUGCUUCUCCAUCUGUCACCGCCGACGGUUAUGAAGAUUCCAGCCGUUACCAUAACGCCGCCAGAUCCAAGGCUACUGCUACAAGUGGAUACACUAGCAACUCAGCCUCUACCAAAAGGUGCAGAAAAAAAAAGUCCUUUACAGAAUUGAAGGAAGAGGAGAGUUCCCUGUUAAAGGAAAGAAUAGUUUUGGAGAAGGAGAUAGCAACUAAAAAUGCAAAUUUUGAGGUAAUGAGAAAUACAAAUGAGAGCUUGAAGAGGAUGAAGCUUGGUUUUGGAUCAAAAUCUCAUAACAAGCCAAGUUCAACUUCCAUUGAACUACAGGGUACGGUUGCUGGUCAACCCCACCAGAGAAUAGUAGCUUCCGAGGUCCCCACUCAAGAUAAUACCCGUUCACAACCAUCGGAAUCUAGGCCAAACAAGAUCGAGUCCACUGGAGAAAGUUUUUUCAUGAUACCAGAUCUAAAUAUGAUGCCAUCUGAUGAUGGUAUGAUUUGAGAUAGACCUACAUUGUUUGGCAGGACUUUUGAAACAAUCACUCUGGACAAUGUAUAGGCUGAUAGAGAGCAUUUUGAAGACUCCCUCCAAUAUUAACCAAUCGACAGCAUCGUGCAUGAGAAACGUUUCUUGAUACAACUACCAAGUGUUGUGAAGGGAAACAAACGGCAGCCGUAAAAGAGGAAAUAUUCUUGGGUAGUGCUAGCCGUAAAAGGCUGUAGAGUAGAGAUAUACUAGAGUUGCAUGUUCCUCCGAUUCAUGUAAGAUAAGUACCAAUGUACCAUUCUUUUGUUGGUUAAAAUCUUCCUGGAUUCCUUUAUAAUGUCCUUUAAAUUUAUUUACAAGUUGCAAUUUCAAUCGGUUGCACCUUCACUCUGCAAAUUGUUCUGAGAAUGAGGAUGUUUCUUGGUCUGAGAACGUGUUUACUUGAAGCUCAUGCCUCUUUUUAAAGUCAAAUGUGACACAAAUAUUGGGCCAUAUGUUUUCUAUAAGACUUUUUACCCUUGACAAUAUGGAUGAGGAAGGCCCUUACAUGUAAUACAUUUAUGUAUGUUUACUAUUUUAAAGGAGAAUUCUACAAUAGAA